CUCUAAUGUCUCACAUUAACAGCAUCAGAUGCGGAGGAUAGAACCAGGAGUAUACUGGAGCGGAACUAGGACUCUGGAAGCUGCCAAAUACCCAUUACUCAACCGGAGUUUCACACUGAAGAAAUCGAUGAAAAUCUCAGGGCACUGCCGAAGGGUGGGCAGCAACACCACAGCCGCCUUCUUGCUCUUCAUUGCUCCCACGUGCGCAUCUUUGACUUGGGUCGCCGCUUUCCGAGUCCACUGACUCCCGCUGCGAGCCAAGUCGCAUUGGCAGGCAAGAACGAGGGUUUGCCAUGAAUACACAUCCGACGUGCUAUCCAACCAACCCAUCUUGCUGUCCGCUUCCGAUGAAAGUUUUUUGGUGACCAAUGCCUUUUGGCCUCCACUGAAGCUUCCCUCAUCCGACACAGAAUCUGCCCUGCGAUCGAGCGCCAGUGCUUGAGGCUUGGAUUUGCCUACAGAAUUUCGUCGACCCAGUCCACUCAUCCGCUCGAUCGGAACGCCCAGUAGUACACCGUGACAGGAGCCGGUUCCAUGACACCGCCGCACCCUCAGCCUGUUCCAGUACCAUUCACUCCCACGUCCUUCCGCCCUGGCAAGAUCCAUAGAGCACCUCAAUGACCCGCAUCCUCGAUAUUUGACGGGUGGAGGAGUCUCUGAGCCCGAGUCCGUCCCUUUCUGCCAAAGCAACCUCAUCGCAAGCCCCGGGUUUUUCUGUUCUAUGCCGCACCGUCAUCUGACGUUCCUGGUGAUGUUUGCUCGCCCCUGAAACGCGGUAUCUGAGCCCUCCAGAGCCUUGAGUAUAAUCAAUGCCCAACGAACGAUGUUACCCCGCUUCGUGUCGCUAUUGUCCCGUCGUCGGCGCCAUAUCGGAUGCCUUCUCUGCGAACCACCGCUACAGGUCGCAAGGACCCUUGGCUCUCCUUAACCUAACACCGCCUCGACGAACAAUUCGACCUCGAGAUCCCAUCGUGGCCGAUAUAACCGCCUUGCUAUCGCUUCAUAGGCCGUCAGACAAACACAUGGCAAAUACUAGGGCAGUAGCCAUGUCGCACGGUGCUUCUUCCGCUGACAAGACCAACAUCCUUCGCGGGCUGGACCAAAGAAACCCCUGCCAGCCUGGUUGCCUUGUAGUCUUGCAUGGUAGCCCCUAGCCAUGUUGUCGCUUGAUCGUGUUGGGCAGAGACUUUUUAAGUUGAAGCUCUCACCGCCUCGUCGUGGUGAUCCUCGAGUAUUUGGGGCUCCAAAGGGACAACCUUUUCCGAUCCCUUCUGACCAUGUCGACCGUCAAACGUCAUUUAUGACAAACUUUUCGCAUAUCCUGCCACCUUCGACGAUUCUGGAGUACCUUUGUCCGAAAUGUCAUCCACGUACUCAAGUUUUCCCGAUGAUCAUCAUCGUCCUUCAGAUGCCUCGCUUUCCGAUGCGUGGUAUUCAGACGAUGACGACGAGACGGCGACGUCUGCCCGGCCGACACAUCGCACCAGUAUGACCGCGUACUCAGACGAUGCCAUCAUGCCCCGAUACGUCGACUCGACAUACACCAAUCAGCAGCCACCGUUAUCGCUUGCCGGACCUCCCUAUCCCAACAACUACCAUGAAGCCGAUGAGUCCAUGGGGAUGAAUCAUCAACCAUAUGCCUUUCGUUGGAUGACCGGCGAUGGACCGGCUGAUGAAGAUCCAAACAUGAUGGGAUCACUUGAAGCACUUCCAAGUACUACACCGCCACAGCAUGUUCCGCAGGAACUGAGAACGGAUAUCGAUUCACACCGAACAAAUGAAAUGUUCGAGGCAGAGCACACAAGAAAGGGGGGCUCGAAGCAAAGACAGACGGGGGAUGCAUUUGAAGUGAACCAUACCUCAAGUUUUGAGCCCGGCGCUGCGAAGUUUGGAACCGACACGACGUUUCAGGAAGCGGAAGGUCGUUUCUCUCAGAGCCCCGACGAUGUUUCACCGCUGAUUUAUGCCCCUGGGAUGACCACGCAUCAUAACUUUCCAUACCCAUAUCCUGCCCGCAUUCACGAAAACGACCUCCCUGAACCUCAGAGCACAACGCGUUUCGAAGGCACAGACUGGGAAUUCGUUGAUUCCCAAUGCGCUCACGGUUACUGGGAACAUUGUCCAUAUUGUCCUUCUCAAAGAUUUGCUUCCUCGAGAUACUGACAAGUGUCAGCAAGGCAAGUCAUUCAUAUAACAAGAUAGACUUUGCCACCAGAUAUCGGGGCGCAGAGGGAUUUGACAGACGUUAGCUGGAAUUAUUUUCUUCUUCACUUGUUGUAGUUUGGUACUUUGGUUUCAUUGGUUCACUCGUUUUUCUUUCCCGUUUUGCCCACCGUGGUUCUCGCCACUCCAAAAGCAAAAGGGACGAUAUAUCUCCGACUUCAUCCUUGAUACCCCGUUCUUAUGCCCGGUGGCUAUAGCGUUGAUUUUGGAUUGUCUCUUUUCUGUUCGUAUUUCUGAUGGGUUCUCGUCUGUUGCAGUCGGUUGUUAUCGAUACCUGGGCGUUGGUUUUGUGAAGAGAAGGAGGAUAGUCGGCUUGUGUGUUGGUCGGGGUUCUUGUCAGAGAUGACGCGUGUCGUUUGGCUGUUUGCAUUAUGCAAUGUUGACCAGAAUUCUCUCUUUACUCGUAUUUGAAGGCCAGUAGAGGAGCAAAGUCAAGUAUCACUUGGGUAUAAAAUGAAGAUUUCAUUUACCGUCGUCGUAAGGUUGGGGUCGCGUCCAAACCAAGUGGUAAUACUAUUGCAUGCAGUCGCCCGUCUCUUGGUAUUGGAUUCACCAGUCAGGAUAUGGGGUUUUGCACUUUUUAUCACUGUUCCCGUCUUCAUCGGCCUAUGAGGAGACUUGGGCAUAUGCCCGACGAAGCAAUGUCGUCUGAUGGUUCAUGCAAAGAGACAUCGGUUAGAUUUUUAACUGGGUUGCAGGAGUCCAUCUGGAGGAAGAGCGGCAUGAAGCUGGGUGAUGAUCAUGCGGGAGGUUACAGUUGAGGACCUGGGGUUAUUGGGGGAAGAUCUUUGUUAACUGCCGAUGUAUGCGUGGGUCUCACCGAGGGACUUUAUAUUGGUUGGUGAUGGCCAUGGUGGUUGGGUCAUCAUCGUGGUGGUUGGUUGCGGUCAGGUGCCGGUUCUGCCUGGGACUUUUACAGGUGAUGGUGCGCUCUGUUACAGUCAUCAUGUCAUCUGUCACAUGAUAUCGUUUACCACGUUCGUUUUUGAUAUGGUAUCUCUCUCAUGGUGUUGUUGCGCUGGGGGGCCUCUCUAUGAGAGUGCUGUCGUCAAGAGUGGAUCUCCCGCUGCCCGGUCAACCAUGGAAGACUCAGGGGUUCAGGGGCGCCGGGGUUAGGGGUCAAGAUUCAGGGGUUGUUGCCCGAGUGGGUCCGCCCGACAUCGCAGCUUUCAGGCAACACAGACAUGGUCAUGAGGCAGCACCCGUCUUUACGGACGGGAUAGACAAUCCACCUAGCCGGUAGCACGACAGAACCACCGAGCUGGACCUUUGUCCAAUGGGACAUUUGUUCCCCUGCCUGGGAUUUCGGGCAUCAACUUGGGCUUCACUGCAGGUGGAAAGGGUUGCGUCAGGUUUGGGCGGUUUCUCUCGGUUAGUCUUAUCUGUCAGUUUUGCUUACUCGGAGUCGACAAGGCGAUUGUGAGAUUAGUUGCCCUCCAUCGCUGCUUCAAGGAUUCUUGACAUGUUGUGUCAGAAUUCUAAUUUGUUCUAGGUGUCCCAGGGCCAUGGAAAGAUGCGAAUCCUUCCCGCGCUUGGCGUUGGGUAACUGCCCAUCAACUCGCUUGUGAGGGGAUCUCAUGACCGUUUGAUUCGAUAUGACAGGUGAGUUUUGGGCUCUUGAGCGAUGUUACCUCAGGCCUUGUUCGUUUUUCUUUCAUUACCACCCUCGGUGUUGCUUUCGACGCCUUAUGGGGUGGGACCUAUACGACUACAAAAGGGCCGUAUGAUGGAGGAAAUAUCGCUCAUAUGUUUUGAGGUGGUUCUGAACUACCGAGAUUUAUUUUGGUGGAUAGUAUGAUUGUGAUCCAUCAGGUAACAUGGCUCCAAUGGAGCAAGCGAGUCGUUCAAACCUGACGGCUUGAAGGUCGAAGAUUGAAUGUUUGAAGUUGGAGGGUGUCACUACAUGGUGCUAAGAGGACAAGGACCAGAUUACUUUUGACAGCGAUCAGUCACGGGAGUUCGAGUAGCUAUCCGCUGGGAUAAAAGCUCCCGGGCGCUGCACUGCUAGAGUGUGGUGCAUGGGAGCGAGGACACGGCAUUAGUGUUGCCGUUGCGGAUGGAGAAGGCGACCAUUCGGGCUGCAAUUCGUUGUUGAGGGCGGGUUUUGGUGUGUUUCAUCAGGUAAGGUGGGUAUGCGAAUGCCUUGCUGAUGAAGGGAGGAAGGCAAAUAGAAUGAGUAGGCGAAAGCGGUUCAGAUUGCCUUGUUGGAGGCGAAGGUCUUACCAAGACAGAGUAAACUGGCCGAGCCUGUUCGGAUGUUGAUCAUUGCUAUACGCCUUGAAGCUGAUGAUAUCUCUGAGGCACGACAGACUCAGUCAAAGGUUUUAGAUUAGGUCAUCAAGGCACCUUCGUCUAAUCUUAUUGUAUCCGCCUUGAUGCCAUGUUUCCAAAUAGUUGGAGCCUCGGAGAGGUCUUGCUGCUUUUACCUGUUGGCCUUGGGAGAGAUUCCGUGUCAGUUACCGCCAUGACUUCGUAACAGUUAUCGCGCAUCUCGCCGCAAUCUAUCGAUCGGGCAAGAAGGCAUACUUGGCGGCAGUGAUGGGCGUCUAGAAAAGCAACUUCAAGACAAGGCAGCCAAUUGCACUUUGGCGAUCAGUCAUGAAUCAAUCUACCUAAGGAUGUGAUAGCGGCUUGUGGAGGAAGGUAGCAUGGUGUGAAUGUGGUCGCCUUCCCGUCUCCCAAGGGCAGAAGAAGACAACGUGGGUGGCAUUGACGGUGACUUAUCGGAGCGGCACUUCUAAGCGCGCCCCGCGAAGGUGUUGGCUGGGUUGAGAUGGAUAGAAUACUGCGUGUUUCAGCCCUUACUGUGAGUUGCGCUAAUGUAAGUGAUGUGAUGUAGAGCCUCCAGCUUGGGUAGGAGAACAUUGCAUUGUGCGGGGCGGGCCGGUAUCAUUGCUUUUCCUCCCCGAUAUUUUCGGGUAUCAAGAUGCGAUAGGGGACUGACGAGCUCAAAUUGUGAUCUCGGGAGUGAAGACUGCCAGUGGGGGCUCCCAAAGCUGCACAAGCCACGAAUUAAGCUGCAUCAAGUGCUGUGUGCAUCCUUCAAUCAUGAUGAACGCGGUAAUCUAACCCUGCUAUUUUGUAAGGCUGGGGGCUGUUCGGCUUGGUGGAGUGAGAAAC